GACAAACAGCACUUGAACACUGGCUGUCAUUUAAGCCGUUAUUAUUUGCUGUUUUAGUUAAAUGUAGAUACUUGAGCUGGAAUACAAAGUGCGGUUUUGAUUGAAGUUAAAUGAGCGAGCUAAGUUUCUGGAGCUAACUUGGCUAACGUUAACUUUAGCUGAAGAUAACCUGGAAUAAGAUAAUGAUAACGACUGGCGUUGUGGUCAGAUGCAGCAUACACUCAGCUGGUGACUGGUCUGCAGGCUCUCCAUUUCUUCUCCCCGGAGUCAGCCAGCUUUCGGGGGGCAGAUUCCUGCGACCCUCUUCUCUUAAUCUGAGUCUUAGUCUGGGCAAAACUAACCUGUCAUUGGAGUACACCACCUGACCUAAUCUGUGUUGCUUGGAUCAGCACAGCUCAUCUCCUGACCGAGGAGAGCGCAGCGGCUGCACAGGAAUCACCUUCUUCUUCUUUUUUUUUUUUCUUUUUUUUUUAAAGAUAAAUAAAAUCCGGCUCCGCCCACACUGCCCCGUCACGAUGGUGCUGUCACAACGUCAGAGAGAUGAACUAAAUCGAGCCAUAGCCGAUUAUCUACGUUCCAAUGGAUAUGAAGAAGCAUACUCCACCUUCAAGAAGGAGGCGGAAUUGGAUAAUAAUGAAGAACUGGAUAAGAAGUACGCCGGCCUUUUGGAAAAAAAAUGGACCUCAGUCAUCAGAUUACAAAAGAAGGUGAUGGAGCUUGAAUCCAAACUAAACGAAGCUAAAGAUGAGCUCACUCUUGGUGGGCCCGUUACUCAGAAGCGUGACCCCAAAGAGUGGAUCCCACGCCCACCAGAAAAGUAUGCGCUGAGUGGCCACCGCAGUCCGGUCACCCGUGUAAUUUUCCACCCUGUCUUCAGCGUCAUGGUGUCAGCCUCUGAGGACGCAACAAUAAAGGUGUGGGACUAUGAAACAGGAGACUUUGAACGCACGCUGAAGGGCCACACAGAUUCAGUGCAGGACAUCUCCUUUGACCACACAGGCAAACUGCUCGCGUCCUGCUCCGCAGACAUGACCAUCAAGCUGUGGGACUUCCAAGGCUUUGAGUGCAUCAGGACCAUGCAUGGACACGACCACAAUGUUUCGUCUGUAGCCAUCAUGCCCAACGGAGAUCACAUUAUUUCUGCCUCCAGGGAUAAAACCAUAAAAAUGUGGGAGGUGGCAACUGGCUACUGCGUGAAGACCUUCACAGGCCACAGGGAGUGGGUCCGUAUGGUACGACCCAACCAGGAUGGCACGCUGAUCGCCAGCUGCUCCAACGACCAAACAGUCCGCGUGUGGGUGGUGGCCUCCAAAGAAUGCAAGGCUGAGCUGCGGGAGCACGAACAUGUGGUGGAGUGCAUCUCCUGGGCACCGGAGAGUGCCUACUCCACCAUCCUUGACGCCACAGGCUCGGAGUCCAAGAAGAGUGGGAAGCCCGGCCCCUUCCUGCUCUCCGGCUCCAGAGACAAAACCAUCAAGAUGUGGGAUGUCAGCACUGGCAUGUGCCUUAUGACGCUGGUUGGCCAUGACAACUGGGUGCGUGGGAUCCUCUUCCACCCCGGAGGCAAGUUCAUUGUGACCUGUGCAGAUGACAAGACCUUAAGGAUCUGGGACUACAAGAACAAGCGAUGCAUGAAAACCCUGAGUGCCCACGAACACUUUGUUACCUCUCUGGAUUUCCACAAGGCCGCUCCUUAUGUGGUCACCGGGAGCGUAGAUCAAACGGUAAAAGUUUGGGAGUGUCGCUGAUUUGGACCUUGAGAGGAUUGGACCACAACCCGACCACCCAGGCGCUCCUCCUGCCAUCCCACUUACCCUUUCACCUCCCUCCCUCACCUUAAACCCGAACCAUCUCCUCCCUCCUUCCCCUCCACCCCCGCACAUCUCGGUCCCCUUCUGUCGCACUUACCGCCAUGGUUAUUUACCCAUUGCGCGCUCUCUGGUCCAGUAAUUUUUAUUUUAUUUUUUUUGUCCUUCUGUGUAAAUUAUUCCUGGAUGUAGAUCGAGCUAUUAAAUGUUACACAAAAGUA